CGAUGUGCCAAAGGUCGUUGCUGCUGCUGGUGGUUGUGGUAACGUGGGCAGGAUGGGCAGGAGGGCAGACGUCUCAGUACUGCAGCUUCACGCCCAAACACACCAUGUGCAAGUACUCCAGCGUGGGGCCCAGAUGCGGCUCCAAGGUGCAGACACGUGGUGUGGGCCCCAGGGAAGCAGCAGACAUAGUGCAUCAGCACAACCAACUGAGGUCCAGGGUGGCCAUGGGCCAGGAACGGCGAGGAGUGCCCGGACCUCAACCCAAAGCUGCUAACAUGAAACUCAUGGUGUGGGAUAAGGAGCUGGCGGAGGUCGCUCAGAGGCAUGCUGAUCAAUGUCUCUUUAAACAUGAUUGUGCAGACUGCCGUCGUGUCUCAAGGUUUAGCGUGGGUCAGAAUAUCUUCGUCAGCUACCAGAGCAACUACGACACCAGUAUCCAGUGGGACAGAGCCUUGAAGUCUUGGUACGACGAGGUGGCUCUCUUCUCUCCCACAAACAUUCAGCCUUUCAAGUUCACUUCCGCGUUGGGCCACUACACACAGAUGGUGUGGUUCAGCACGGACCGGGUGGGCUGCGGGUAUACCAUGUACCAGGAAGGUGGGUGGUGGAAGAAACUGUACACUUGCAAUUACGGACCAGGAGGCAACAUUAUCCUCGAUCGUAUGUAUACACGUGGCACCCCGUGUUCAUCCUGUCCCACCGACACCUCCUGCUCUUCCAAGUAUCCAGGACUCUGCAAGAACAGCACUGAUUCCAAGCAGACGGAGACCCCUGAGCCUGCUACCACCUCCACCACUACACCUCUUCCCGACAAGACUGAUACUGAGGGAGGGUAUGGCGGUUUCCUCAUAAAUAUGAGCGCUCUGAGAGCGUUCUUCACUAACUGGUGGAGGAGCAACACAGUCCAUAGACCCUCGCCAAGUACUAGCAACCAUAGCACUUCUUUUAGGGCCAAGCUCACUACUGCUGCCACUCACGUCACUCCUGUUGCUACUACCGCUCCUACUACUGCUAUUGCUUCUACUGUUUCUACCAUUACAUUUACUACCUCAACCCCUACUAUUAUUACACCCGCCACUACUACUACUACACCCACCACUGCUAAUUCUAUUACCACCACCACCACUACCACCACUGCUGCACCCACCACCAUUAUUACUACUAUUACUACCCCCACUACCAUUAUUGCCGAGCCACCUUUAACAUUCAAUGCCACCUCAUCAUUACACCAUUCUACUACAAAUCCUCCAUCCCAUAUGUCUGUAGCUGUUUCUUCCACCACCAACACCACCACGAACAUAGAGUCACCCCUCACCUCCACAAACACGCCACCUAUCACCAACACUGGGUCUUCGACUACAAACACUUCCUCCCCACAAGGUCCUGGCUUUGUUCCGAGCGUCAGUAACCACGUGCUGCCGCAAAGACCCAGACGUCCCACCGUCUUCCCCACAAACUCCUUUGCGCACGCUAACACCAACCAGAAUGCCAAGAAAUUGGAUGCCAGGUCUUUGCCCCAGGAGUCAGAAGGACAAGAAGCCAUGUUCAUCCCGUUUAAUGGCACCCAGCCAACAACGUCCGACCUGAUGCCCUACCUGCGUCGGGCGGGGCUGGACGCGCAGAUCAUCAGAACAUCUUCUCUUGCUUCCGUCCAGGGCAUCAUUAGUGCCCUCCCUAAGGACCACAUACCCAUCGUUCUCUACAGAUCUGGGACAGGAGAGUUGACAGAGCUGGAUGCGCAGACGCUGCAGCCGGUUCAGAGUGAGGGCUCCUCCAUCACUUCCCAGGUACCCAGCAGGGACCGUGUGAGCCGCUCCAUCACUUCUGAAGGACCCAGCAAGGACCAUCAGACACUCCUCACUUGCAAUCUAGGCUGGUCUCCCUGUGAGGUCAUCCGUAUGGAUGGAAACUGGACAGUGGCCGAGAACAAGAGUGAAGGUGUGUACACCGAGGUACUGCUGGAGGAGGAGGGAGAGAGUGCCCAGCUGCUGGUGGAGACACUGGUGGUGGCACCCAGCACUGAGGCUGUGUGUGUGGCACUCACACACCGUCUCUCCCUGGCACCCUACACGCCAAGCAGAGCUGCAGUGCCUGAUCUUCAGAUAGGUGUUAUGCCCCUUGGAGGGGAGGUCAGACAGAAGACGGUGCUCGGUACACCUGGCUUGUGGCAAGUAAGUCGAGUGACUAUGAGCAACUUGAAGACUUCCUUCCUGCUGGUGAUUACUGUGGGUCCUGCCUCACACCCGGCCACUGUCGCCCUCGAUGCUGUCGUUGUGACUGACGGGAUGUGUUGUUCGUCCAGUCAGUGCUAGUUAUCACUGCUAACAGUCAGGUUGUCCUGGACAGCGCGUGUUGCUCGUCCAGUCAGUGCUAGUUGUUAGCAUCAGAAGUCAGAACGUCUUGGACCUGUCAACUCACGCCUGGACCUCUCAACCCAUGCCUGGACCUGUCAACCCAUGCCUGAACCUGUCAAACCCACGUCUUCACCAGUUGCUCUACAUUCUCGUAUUGCGGACCUGGCCACCACCGAUAUACUGACACAAGUGUUCCGUAUUUAUAAUAUAUGAAAACAGAAUGUGGAAAUAGACACAUUUAUUGUUAUAUUUGUAAAAAAAAUAUAUAUAUUUUUAUCCUCGUUUACAGAUAGCAGAAGACGAUUACAUGAUACUUUCCUUUGUUAAUUUUGUCUUAAUAUUGACAAUCUUCCACUAGCAUGCAUCAUGGCUACUGCAUGGCACAACAACACACACUUCUCUAGUACAGUUUACAGAUACUUAAUGGCAUCUACAGUAUUAGCUCUAUGUAAAGCUAAUAAUUACAGAGUUUUCCCUGUACCACCAUUCCUUUGUGUUAGGAAUAUGUAUACCGGCUUUCCUAUGUGUUAGAUAAGGAAUGUGACGAUGUUAGAUGUGCUGGUGCUGCAGUACGGGAAGAAGCUCGCCCAGGCACCCGAGAUGUCAGUUUCCCUCAUGCGUAAAUAUUUUAACAUUCGAUUUGUCUUAGGAAACUUGUCCAUCCGUGCCAUCUUACUUUCUCUCUGGCUAUAUAAGCCGCAUUCCCACUUAAUUUCGUAUCUGAUCCAGUGCUAACCUAACCUAACCUGAUGUAAACAGUGUAAGUUAAGAAUUUAUGUAUAUAUAUAUAUAUUUAUUUAUAUAUCCUGGUGAGCACUAAACUCUCGUUGAUCAAUAAGCGCUUGUGUAAUGUGGUUUAAUCAGAUUUGAUCCCAUAUACGUAUAUUUUGUCCAGAUUCAGACAAUAUAUUCACUGUUAACAUUUCUCAGCUGAUAUGUAUGAUUGAUCAACUAGAGUUAUCCAAAAUAUCCAGUACUCACCAAGGGAAGAUGGCUGCUCUUCGAAUUUCAUAGAUUAAAGAUUGGUAGGUAAGACAUAUGGGCAACAGUUAGGCAACUUUAAUCCGAAACGUUUCGCCUACACAGUAGGCUUCUUUAGU